AGGAAAAAGGUCAAGGUUAAUUUCAUAUUUUGUUUUUUCAGCUGAAGUAAAAACGACCAAUUGCUCCCAUCCUGGUUGUGACUAUAAAACUAUGUCUAAAGCAACACUGAAGAUUCACCAGGACGCAAAGCAUUCGAACUAUAAGCCUUUCCAGUGUCACUUAUGUGACUUUCGGUGUAAAGUGAAGGGUAACCUUGAUAAACAUCUGCGUGGUCGUCACAAAAUUGAGGUGAUGACCCUCACGAAACUUUGGGACAAAGUCAUGGCAACUGGUCAAGGCUACAGUACCAUUGUCCAUCGUUUAACGUCUUUCAAACGCAAAGGGGCUAUUGGCAUGGCAAAUGACGGUGAUAUUGAGAAAGAAAUGGAUCAAAACCUCAACGAAGAGACUGAAGUUCUGAAGGACAUUGUUCAAGCUUGGCCAAAUAGAUUCGCUAUGUUAGAUACUGUCGAGGGUGGUAACCACGUGACAACUGUAGAAUGUGGUAACCACGUGACAACUGUAAGAGAACGUGGAAACCAAAUGAAAGCUGGAGGAGAAUGCGGUAACUACGUGACAAAUAUAGGAGAAGGCAGUAACCACGUGACAAAUAUAGAAGGUAGUAACAACGUUAACGUGACAGCUGUAGAUUUGGUAACCACAUGACAAUUUUAGGCUCAUUCCAUAAAUACUUAACAAUUAUACCUUAUAGUAACUAAACUACGAUUUAUGAUUGAAUUCAGUUAAAACAUGUUUAUCAACAUUUUAUCAGAUACAUUUGUGUAUUGCAAGACAA